UAAAGAGAGGCUGUUUACCAGAAGAGCAUAACAAGGGCAGGUCUGACUGCAAGGCUGGGAACGGGAGGCAGAGCCGCCGCCAAGGGGACCCCGGUUGGACUCUGGUUGGUCAGUCACCUGCAGGACGAAGGAGGUGAGGAUGCUGUUGGCCUGGCUGCAAACAAUCCUCGUCGUCAGCAACAUGCUCCUGGCAAAAGCCUAUGGAUCUGGAGGCUGCUUCUGGGACAACGGCCACCUGUACCGGGCUGACCAGCCGUCUCCCGCACCGGGCCUCCUCUGUCUCAACUGGCUGGACGCGCAGAGCGGCCCGGUAUCUGCCCCCGAGUCGGGCGCCGGCAACCAUAGCUACUGCCGGAACCCGGACCAGGACCCACGUGGGCCCUGGUGCUACGUCAGCGGCGAGGCCGGGUCUCCCGAGAAGCGGCCUUGCAAGGACCUGCGCUGCCCAGAGACCACUUUCCAGGGCCUGCCAACCUCUACAACAGAAACCGAGGAGGUGUCUGAAGUGCCAGGAGGAGAUGAGGUGCAGGUGUUUGCUCCUGCCAACACCCUGCCUGCCCAGAGCGAGGCCGCUGCCGUGCAGCCAGUGAUUGGGAUCAGCCAGCGGGUGCGGGUGAACUCCAAGGAGAAAAAGGACCUGGGAACCCUGGGCUACGUGCUGGGCGUUACCAUGAUGGUGAUCAUCAUUGGCAUUGGAGCUGGCAUCGUCCUCGGUUACACCUACAAGAGGGGCAAGGACCUGAAAGAGCAGCAUGAGCGGAAGGUGUGUGAGAGGGAGAUGCAACGAAUCACCCUGCCCUUGUCUGCCUUCACCAACCCCAACUGUGAGAUCGUGGAUGAGAAGACCAUUGUGGUCCACGCCAGCCAGACUCCAGUUGACCUUCAGGAGGGCAGUGCCCCCCUCAUGGGCCAGGCGGGCACUCCAGGCGCCUGAGCCCCCCAUGGUGGGCAGGAGCCCAUGCAGACAGUGGUGCAGGACCGCCUACCCACCUACAGCUGGGAGGAUCUACACUUUUUGUUGUGGCUAAAAACCCCCACUUAUUUUUUUGGUUUGUUUUUGGUGAAUCCUAAGACAAGCAGGUGGUACUGUGGGCUGAGGGUGAGGCUGGGUGGGGUCCUACCAAUGCUGUUUCUCCAUCCCAUGGAGCAGGAUUUUGCCCGUGGAUGGAGGCAGCGGCAGUCCCCACAGCAGUGCUGCCAACAGGGCCUUCCAGUGCCCCGGAACUGAACCAGGGGUGGACAAGGAGCUCCCCCAGCUCCUCUGUGCUUUAUUGUCCAAGAUGGCCUCAGCCUCUGCCUCCCCAUGUGUUCUCCUUGGGCUUGAGUGGUGCACGCUGUUAUUCACAGUUCAGGUCAUGUAGGUUGAGAGGCAGUAUUUAAAAAAGAUAUUUAGUUUUUUAAAUAUUUGGGAUGCAAUUCCCUGCAGACCUCUGAGAAAUGGAAAUAAGUCUGUACGAAAGUCAGAACUGUGGGUUGAGAACGGGAUCUAGGCGGGGGGGCUGCUGGCAGUGAUGUGCCUUGACAACCGUGGGCUGGGCCCAGGGACUCUUCCUGUUUUGAAAGUAAAGGAAGGGAAGAAGCGCACUGAACAUUCCACUUAGGAAGAGGGUAAAGAAGUAUCUGCAGCUGCCUCAGGCCACAGGACCCGAGUGGACCUGGGGUGUCCCAGACGGUCUCUCUUCGGGGUGGAUAGUGACCUUUCAUUCUUCAGGGGUGAGACAGCAGCCAGCUAACCUACGGGAAUGACACUGUGGGUGAGGCCUUGUGAACUGCUUCUGAGAGGUUAACCUGGAAACCCACUCGGAGGCAGGGUGAUGGAGGGGGCUUCAGGACUUGGCACCUGCCUCGGCCCAAAUCUGCAGGUGGCUCUGUAGCCUCCAGGCCAGCGCCUUCCUGUGGGGUCAAUAGGGCGAGGGCCACGACCCCUAACUUGUAAAAUAAUCAUAGAACCAUUGAGGGACCUUAGGGUGCCCGAAGCCUUUUGGACAGAGGGGCCAGAAGUGGAAACUGACAUUCAGGGUCACAGAAGAAGCUACCAGCACGGCCAGCCCUGAGGCCCUGAUAUCACGCUCGGAGGCCUUAGCACUGCUUUCCGUCCACAGAGCUUCCUUCCCAAAGCCCUGCCACUGCCUCACAUGGAGAGGGGUUAGUGGGGCCCAGUCUCUCCGGCAGGCUGUUCCUGGAAGUGAUUUGCUGAGGGGACCUAGGCCUCAGGGGGUCCCUUGUUGGUAGAGAUGCAGAAGAGAACAUUACUGGUUUCUACUUUUCUAUAAAAGCAUUUCUCUGUGUACAUGUUUUAUAUACCUCAUUCUGACACCUGCCUAUAAAGUGCAGGAAAUUGCUCUGCAUUCGACUUAUAUAAAUUAAAAAAAAA